AUGCCCAGUACUGCUGAGGGUACCUGGCAGACUAAGGAAUGGUACUUGUUUCACAGUGGCAAUCCAGAGCACCCAGGAGACAUACUUCUAAACACAACUGUAGAAGUUUUGCCUUUCCAGAAUGAAGAACUGGUAUUAAGCAAAGAAACCAAAGACAAACGCUUAGAGGAUGGUUACUUCAGGAUAGGGAAAUUUGAAAACGGUGUAGCUGAAGGAACAGUUGAUCCCAGCCUGAACCCUAUCUCCUCAUUCCGACUCUCAGUGAUCCAGAAUUCAGCAGUUUGGGCAAUCCUGAAUGAGAUUCAUAUUAAAAAGAUGACAAACUGAUCAUGGAAAUCUGCUUUAGAGGAAAAAUAAUCCUUGAAAACUUUUCCUACGAAAUCUGACAUCCUUGGCAAGUCACAAAUUGAAAAUACUGAGCAUGCACCUUAUUCCAAAUUUCGUUCUUUUUCACUUGAACUCUACCUCUUGUGAAAUCUACUGUAGAUGAGAAGAUUGUACUUUCCCCUUCUUAUCUGAUCCAUCCAGAAACUGAUGCUCCACACCGAUCACGUUGGUCUGAGGCCCAAGUUGUCCUCACUGUAAUGUGACUUUACCAUCUGAUGGUUACAGAACCCAAACCACACUUAACCUGUACUAUUUUGAUAGUCUAGUAAUGUAGAGAAGUUGUACAUAUUGUUACAUUCCUUGAAGAAGAAGAAGAAAAUAUAAUUAUUGUUAAAUAUGUUUUAUGAAGGGGGUACUUUGGGAGUUCCAUUUAUUUUCUAUAACAAGAACCCUCUUUUAUAGACUGUCAGGGAUAUAUAUUAAAAAUGUUAGGGAUAUUUAAUUUAUUAAAAUAAUUUGCAAAGUACAUAUUUUUAUGCAGUAAAAUUUUAAAUUGAUAUAGUUUUUUUAUGAAUUCUCUAGUUUAAGUUAUCUUUCUACAUUUUUCUUUGGAGAUGCAAACAUAAAUUAAUACCAUAUUUCAAAUCUACUGCCAUGUUUCAAAACCAAAUUCGAUUAAGUUUCUAAAUUACGUAGUUUUGUACACAGAAUCUGAAUGAUGUUCAGAGGCAUAAACAGAGUUCUGAAGAGCAUUAUUCUUUGGGGCUAUGGAAUUCCACUAUGUACAGUUUGUAGCCACAUGAAAAGCAUGUUGAGAUGUCUCUUUUCAUACUCUGUACUAAAUCUCCAGUGAUUUCAGAUCGAAUCCAUUGCAUUUUAGAAGAAAUUUUUUUUUGGAUUCCGAACAGUUCUUUCUAAAAA